UGUCGAAACUUGCUGAAUACGUUUCACAAGAGAGGUGAAAAGGUUAUCGUAACUAAUUUAUUACGAGUGACUGAUAGAAAAUCCGGAAUUGUGUUGUAUCGUUGGUUUAGUCGACGUAUUCACUCGAUUGUGAGACUCUUCAACGUAUUAAAAUAUUAAAACAUUCCAAAAGAUUUCUAAGUGGCUCGAGAAAUUAUCAAACCAAACGAAUCAAAUACUCUUCGCAUGUUUUAAAACAUUUGAUACAGUAUUAAACAAGGAUGGACGUUAAGAUUUUAGACGGUGGCUUCUCUGGUCAGCUGUCCACCCACGUAGGUGCGAAAAUUGACGGCGAUCCGUUGUGGACAUCGAGAUUUUUAGCUACAAACCCUGACGCGGUAUAUGCUACUCAUUUAGACUUUUUGCGAGCCGGGGCAGAUAUUAUUGAAACGAACACGUAUCAAGUUUCGGUCUCGGAUUUAAUGAAAUACUUGUCUAUCACCAAAGAAGACGGUAUAAAUCUAUUGCAAGAUGCUGUUAGGCUUGCCAAGAAGGCAGUCAACGAUUAUAUGAAAGAGAUAAAGGGAAAUGACAACGUGGGAAACAGGAAUCCAAUAAUCGCUGGUUCUUGCGGACCGUAUGGUUCCAGCUUGCAUGAUGGUUCAGAAUAUAAUGGAUCUUAUGGAAAGAGCACACCGCGUGAAACCAUGAUUGAAUGGCACAAGUCAAGGAUAGACAGUUUUAUAGGAGCUGGCAUCGAUCUCCUAGCACUGGAAACUAUCCCUUGCUACCAAGAAGCAGAAAUGAUAGUCAAACUCUUACGUGAAUAUCCAAAUGUCAAGGCAUGGCUCUCGUUCUCCUGCGAAAGGAACAGCCGAAAUCUAGCUGAUGGCAGCAAUUUCCAAGAAGUCAUUUCACGUUGCUAUAAGAUGGCCUUGCCAGGACAAAUAAUUGCUGUUGGUGUCAACUGCCUCCCACCGAAAGAUGUGACUGGCCUUUUGAAGGAUAUCAAUAAGGGCUCAGGCAGCGAAUUUUUACCACUGAUAGCAUAUCCGAAUAGCUGUGAACUCUAUUCGCCAGGCAUAGGAUGGAUAGAAGAUAAAAAUUGUCCACCGUUCGAAAGCUUCAUUCCAGAAUGGCUGGAACUUGGAGUGAGGUAUCUCGGAGGCUGCUGCAGGAUGUAUGCGGAUAACAUAAGAUCAGUCAGGAAGGAAGUGUAUAAUUAUAGACAGAGAAAGGGGAUUUAAUUUAUUUAAGCUACUUUGCGUAUAAGAAUUCCGCUAUCGUAAUCUUAAAUUCGUUCGAUGGAAGAUAUCGAUAGAUGUUGACUAAAACUUAUCGGAACAG